UCUUAUAGAGCGUCGUGAGUUUUACGUAGUAGUGUGGCAAAUAUAUUAUAAAUUAUACUAGUACUGCAAAGUAAAAUAAACUAUUUACCGAUAAAAAUAUUUAAUGGCAUAAUAAUUUCAUAAAAAACAUAUGUAUAUAUUUUUUUAAUUUUAUUAAAGGUAAACAUUUCGCCAGAGCUCUAUCAAUGUUUUGUGAAGCAGCUUCUAUUUACAUUUUAACAUUCACAUUAAAUAUUAAAUAUUUAAGCAUUUGAAAUGCUAAGCCCAGAGGAAUAUAUUCUCGAUUUUAAGGCAGAGGAGAGAAAACCCCAAGCGACUGUUUUCGAUAUAGAAGAUAUUGAAAGUGAUGGCACUUUAUCAGCCAGUGAGAUUGAUAGCAAUGAAUGCAAUACUCCCACACCACCUCUACUUUGCAAACUUAAGAAAGUUCGUGUAAUGAUGAAAAAAUUACCCUCCCAUGUUUUAGAAACAUAUAAAUUAAAUAAAAAUAGUAGCAGCAAAGCAAAAACUAGCAGUUCUUCCGCCGUUAAGCCUUCAAGAAUAUCGAAACGUAAGGGAGCCAAAAACGUGCCAGGUUUAUAUUUAUCUUUACAUGUUAAUAAACCUUUAAAUAAAGUUCUUAAUGUGAAGAAAAGACGAAAGAGCACUUUUUUAAAUUCUUCGGGAAGACCUUUAAAAAAAGUUAAGAAAAAAGUGCUGACAAACGAUAAAAAAUCUCCAGGACUUUUGCAAAAUAAAAAAACAAGCACAAAAAGAUCUCUUCGAAAUAAUAAUCUAAAAAAUGAUAAAAGUAAUAUAAUUGAAAAAUCCGCAUCACAAAAAAACUGUUCCACUAUCAGCAGCUCUUCAGCAAGAACAUCUGGCUUAAGGAAAACAAACAAAGACUGUCAAUUCAUUAAACCCAAAGCACCUUUAAUGCCAAAUGUUUCCGCCAAUAGACCUAUUAGUAAUUUACACGCAAAGAUAGCAGCCACUAGGCCCAUAAACAAAGAGGAAAAAAUUAAAAGAUUUGUGGCCACAUUACCUAAUUGUCCAGAUGUUGUCAUAACCAAAUAUGAUUUACCAACAAAUAUGUCAACUAGAUCAUCACGGUUUACACCAGGGGCCCCCUUAACGCAUCCUCCAAACUCUUUAAUAUAUAAUCCUGCAGUCGUGCCAUCAUUACAAACUUUAUAUCAAGCUUAUCCCAAUUCCAGAUUAUUAACUACACCACAACAUAAUAUAUCUAACCAAGAUCCUGUCUCAUAUGCUCCUUCAAUACUACCAAACUUAUCACAAACUCAAAAUACACCGACAAAUAAUGCUUUUCCCACACUUAUUAUGUCUGCUCCUCGUCGUCUACCAAUGAUAGAACCAAAACAACCACCAAUAAUACCAACUUCCUCUUUAACACAAACUUCCUUUAUAACGCCAAAAGCAAAUGAUUCUAUUGCAGUGAAUUCCCCAAAAGUUUUGGUAAUAAACCAGCCAGCAUUAGAAUAUGAUCCCUUAGAUCACCAAAAUAAAACCAAAACUUUACGAAAAAGGCAACGAAAAGAUAAGGGAAAUUAUUAUGAAAAUGAUAGGGAAGCCUGUCUGCAAUCCGAAUCUGAAAACCUGAAAAUGUCCGAUACUGAACAGCGUAGCAGCAAUGUACCAAAAGUUAUAAAGCGUAUAAUAUAUCACACUAAAUCGGUACAAACCAAGUUCACUUGCAAUGGCACCAUUUGCGGCUUAGUUGACUCGGAUGAAUUUAAUUUAAAUUGUUUUUAUUGUUAUGAGAUCUUUCCUUUACACAAAUGGAAGGAGUUUAAGGAACAUAUUAAAUUUGUACAUCAUGUAGAAGAGCAGGCAAAUGCAAAUGAAACCGAUGAAGAUGAAGAAGAAACUGAAAAUGCAAGUCUCACCACAAAGGCCGAUACUCAAACUAUUGUAAAUCUAAAGGCAAGAACUUUAAGCAACAGGAAAAUGUUAAUAACAAAACCAGUAGAAUCCCCAUCUAAAGAAUGUGUUUAUAAAAAAUUACCACUUGAACCUAGACUUGUGGCUCAACGUGAGCGAGAACUUAAUAGAACAACCACGGCGGAGCCAGCUAAACAUUCAAUAGCCCAUGUAAAUAAAAGUCCAGCUAAGAAAUCCUCGCAACAACUAAACCAAUCACAACAAUCAAAUUGUUCAUCUAGAGGAAAUACCUCAAUGGAUCUUUGCCAUGAUAUCAUUAGUUUAGAUAGCGAUAAUGGCGAAGAUGAUCUACAAUUGGUUAAUGAAGAUAUUAGAGAGCAUGUAAUGAAAAAUAAGCAUAAAGUGGAAAAAUCUUUAAGCAAUAAUUUGAAUAAUGAUAUGUCCCUAAUCGAUAAAGUAGCAAAACUAAUACCGCCACAUAUAACUAUUAAAAAGGUCCAAAAACCUUGCACAAGUGAAACGUCAAAUAUCAACAAGUCAAACAUACCGGAAAAAUCUAUUUCUUUAAUAAAGCCCUCUGUAAAUAAAUCAACUACUAAACUCACUAAGACCACUGAUACUUCCUUAGAUGAACCCUUUAUAAAAGUGCCUUCUAAUUUCAAUAUACAAAGAGUUAUUAAAUAUAUACCAAAACCAACAAUUGAAAAAUCAACCGGUGUGGAGAGUUCUAAACCCAGAUACUUUGUGGUGAAGAAAAUUGUAAAACCCGCCAACAAGAUACCCAAUUUAAAUGUGUCGAAAGGCAUGAUUGUAACCAAAAGGUUGAAAACCGAUGAUAAUAACUUGCCCUCGAAUGAUGAAAAUGAAGAUGCGAUGCCCAAACCCACCAAUGGUAGUGGUAUUAUAUUUGGUUUGACUAAUCCCAUGGUGGUUAUAGAAUUUCUUUUGAAACUAAAAUCCUUCCCAGAAUUAUGGCGGCCGCAAAUUAAAACUAAUUCAGCAAAUUACGAUGAAAGUAUUAAAAAAUUAUGUUUACAUCUCAACAAUCGUUUCGAGUUAAACAUAAAAGAUACGGAAAUGCGUAUCAGUAUACAGCGCGUUAAGGAUUGGUAUUGUCGCAUGCUGAACAAGAUCUACGAACACAAUAAAAAUUGCAAUAAUAUGGAACCAUUUAAACACAAAUUUCCUUUGUAUUUUAAAAUUUUAAAUCAAUUCUUAAUCUCUGAUGCUCGUUAUGCAAGUAAUCGUAUGCUAAGUUCUCACAACACCGAUACAAAUAUUAAUAAAUGGAUGGUAAAUAAAGCGGCAGUAGAAGCUCCCAAAACAAGUGCAUUUCAUUUAGAUAAAGAUAAUUCGCUAUCACUUUUACAGCCGACUAACAACACAACAGCAGUUAACAAGGAUCCAACUGAAGCAACAACAACAACAGCAGCCAUAUCUAAUACCCAAACCAAUAAUGAUCCACCACCACCCGUCACAGAAACUACAGCAAAUUCAGAAAAUAAUACCGACAGUCUUAUAGAAUUUGAUGCCGAUAUUUUAUACGAGGACGAAAGUAGCGAUGAAGAGGUGCUGGAACCUUUCGAUGAAACAAAACCGACAAAUAAAAAUAAAAAAAUCAAACUCAAAGAGCCUGGCAAAAGACGUACCAAGACUUAUUUGGGCAGGUAUGAAUGUGAUGUAUGUAAAAAAGUUUACAAACGUAAAUGUGACUUAAGACGUCAUAGAAUUCAUCACUUUCCACCACAGUUUGAAUGUUCUGUUUGCUUGCAAAAGUUCUUCUUCAAACAUUGGGCCGAAAAAUGUAAUCAUCUUAAAAAGCGUAAAUACAAUACAACGAACAAAUCGGAUAAAACUGAGGGAAGUGUAGAAACAGUGAUACCAAAAAAAUGGCCCAAAAAAAUAUUUAGAUUUAAAUUGAUUUGUGAGAUAUGUGGUGCUUCGUAUAGACAGAUUGGUUCUUUGAAUUGCCACAAAAGAGACAAACAUUUAAAUCAAAGACUCAAGUGUGUGGUAUGUAGUUUUACUGCCCUCACCAAUUAUCGCAUAGUGCAGCAUCAGAAAAAACGUCAUAUUGUGGAGCCGGGUACAGUGGAAGAAGUAGCUAAGAAAAGCCGAGCACGCACGGAAACUAAAACGCCUUUUUCUGUGGAAGCUAGACAAGAAUUUGACUGGCGUCGUGAGAUGCGCAAGAAACUGCAGCCGGGUGAGAAAUUUUUCGCCUGCUGCAAGUGCCGUAUCAUCUUUAAUUCACGCAAAGAAAAGGUUUUACACAACAAACUUGAGCAUCCCAUUAAAGAGACUUCUGUGGUUUGUCUUUUAUGUUUGCCCAAUAAAUUCCUCUUAUCCAACUCAAAUUCUGCUCGGCGUCAUUACACCGAUAUACAUAAAGUACCCUGGGAUGAAAUCGAUGAUUUGGUCAAACGCACUAAACCGGUUUUCAAUAUUUUGAGCAAAGAUGAAAUUGAGCUUUUAAAUGCCAGUCGAAAUUGGAAAGAACUUUUGGAGGAGUUAAUAAAGGAUAGAGAACUGGAGCCGGUGGAAAAGAUAAAAACUCAAAUAGAUGAAGAAGCCAUACAGGCGGUACAAAAUUUACCAAUUAUAAACUCAGAACCCGAAAUAGAUGUGAAUAAAAUCGAUGUGGAAUGUGAAACAAAAGAAGAAGAAAAUGUAUAUGUUGCUGGUCUGGAAGAGAAUACCAAGAACGAAAAUAUUUGUGUAGAUAAUAUGGAGGCAGCAAAGGAAGAGAAUGUUUAUGUAGAUAACAUAGAGGUAGCGAAGGAAGAAAACAUAGAGAAAGAGGAAAAUGUUUAUGUAGAUGGUAUCAUAGAUCAUGAUUAUAAUAACGAGGAAAUGGUAUAUACUGAGCAAGAACAAUAUACCGCCCACAACAACAAUGAACAUGAUUACAGCGAGGAACAAGGCGAAGCCAUUGAAAAUUAUAAUAACUACGAAGAGGAAUUAAAUGAACGGAAUAAUGAUCAGUUAUAUGAACAUUCGCCUAACGUAACAGUUGAGGGUAUAAGUGAACCUAUUGCUUAUAACAUAGAAUGCACCGAAGAUGUGAUAGAUGAUCAUCAAAAUACUGAACAUAAUGACCAAGAAUAUCUUCAAACUAUUGUCGAUGAUUUGGUUGAAGGAGAACUAGUAGAUGGUCAGUUGGUUGAGGAGUGUAUUGUGGUGGAAGAGUGUAUUGAUGAUGUUAUCGACAAUGAGAUGGAAUAUUUUUAAUAAACUCUUAACAAAUAGCUUAGACUUAAUACUAUACUUACAUGCAAAAUGAAAUGUAUAUUUUUUAAUUUAAAUGUAAGAAUGUGAAUUUAUAAAAUAAAUAUUCAUAAAUUGUUGGUUUUAAA